AUGCAUCCCCCCUUCCAGUCGCCACCCAACUACAAGUCCUCCAUGGAUCUCGCCCCGCCCCGCUACAUCUUCGACCCCAACCACGACGAGAACGGCAUCCCUCCCGAGUCGCACACUCUCGAGGCCGCCCACAUGUGGUCCGCGCCCUAUCCCGGCUCCUACAACCCGCCCGGCUCCCGCGGCUCGCUCCUGGACGAGUUGUACGAGCCCGACAUGCCGGAGCACCACCACCACUUCCAACACGAGCAGUACGUCGACCACCGCCUCCGCCAGCAGUCCCACCACGCCCACUGGUCUGGUAUGCCUCAGUCCGCACACAUCGACGCGCCACUCGGGCACGGAAUGCGCCACGCGCACGACGUCGCGAUGCAGCGCCGCAACACCUUCCCGUACGUUCGCCAGGACCGCGCCGAGAUGAUGUAUACCCCGCCACCGCCGUUCAUGGGCAGCGACCACGACUCCGUCACGAGCAGCCCGUACGGUUCGCGUCCGAGUACGGUCUACAGCGAGCCGCUGUCCAUGGACAAUUCGCCACACCUUGCCAUGUGCGAAUCGCUUCCACACGUGAUGGACGAGCCCUUUGCGCACACCGUCCCCUCGCCACACCCGCCCUAUCACGACUUCCACCACUUGGACGGCAUCAAGACGGAGGACCAUACGCCUGUGAUCGUCCCCUCGCAGACCUCCUACCGGCCAGGGUCAACAGGAAUGCACCCGAUGCCCUGCCUCGCACCGCACAACGGCAUGCUCGUUCAACACACGGACGACGCUGCCUCGAAGGAGACGCAGUACCUUAGGCGGCGAUGUUUCAACUGCCACACCACCGAGCCUCCGAGCUGGCGGCGGUCGACGCUCAAUCCGGGCAAGAUCGUCUGCAACAAGUGUGGUUUGUACGAGCGCACGCAUCUGCGGCCGCGCCCUCUGCGAUUCGACGAGCUCCGCGCCGGCAGCAAGACGCGGAAAGCGCCUAAGGUUGUCGGCGGUAGCCCGAAAGCAGGGAAGAUCCCGGCCAUGGUCAAGAAGGAGCCGCGAGAAGGCGAGAUGGAGGGCCCUGUCAUGCAGAUGCCGCGACGGUCUUCCGUGUCUUCGUCGGGUGGCUCGUCCAUCGGCGCGUCGAGCGACUGGGACGAUAACGUCUCCGUCUACUCCUCAGGAUCUGCACCGUCGUCGUCUAUGGGUUCCCCCGCCGCACAGCCCUACCCGAUGCGUGACUCGGAUUCGCAAUCUCCGCCGUUGGUUGGCCGAGACGGUGCCAUUCGGCUGCCUAACGCGCCGCUCAACGACAUCGCUUCGCUUCAGCCCGGCUCGCAGCAACCUACCCCGCGCAAGGCCGCGACAGCGCCCAUGUACUACCCGGGCAACCAACCGCAAGGCGAUUACUAUCGGCGCGGUUCGCUUCCUGCGCCGCACGACAUGCAGCGGAGGCCAGGGGACGUCACGAUCCCCGAAGUCACCGGCUGGCAGCCUGUGCCCGUGGACCUGUCGCCGAAGGACAAGGCGCGGAAGGCUGUGUGCUGA